AUGAGUCCCAGACCUAGUCCCGACGGAGACCCGCCGCAACCGCGAACGGGCCUGACAUCUCCAGUCGCUCCCGCGUUCGCCGGUGGAUUGAACGCGAGUUCCGAUGCGUUCUUCAAUGUCACUUUUUCUAGUAGUGGUGCUGCUGCCGGUCCGUCUUGGAGCGCUCCCAGGCGCGCCGACAGGGUGGGGAAAGGCGCCAAAGGCGGGCCGGAGAAUGCGCUGCACGGCUUCCGCGGAGUGCGGCAGCGCAGUUGGGGGAAAUGGGUGGCGGAGAUCCGCGCCCCGCGCAGCAAGAAGCGCAUCUGGCUGGGGUCGUUCGCAGACGCGCGGACUGCUGCGCUGACGUACGACCGCGCAGCGCGGAAGUUGUACGGGACGCGCGCGCAGCUCAACUUCUUCGACGAGGCGGCAGUUUCCGCGCCCAGCAGCAGUCACCCUCACGGCGCAAGCUUGCACGGCGCCGACGCCCGCAGCGGCUUGAUCAGCAGCGGAAGCGGCAGCGGCGGGAGCGCGAGCGACAGCGAAGGCGGCGCAUCCGCAGGCGUGAUCGCUUGCGGCGAGAGAACGAGCCGCUCCGUCGAAACGCCUGCGCCCGUACCGCGCUGCGCGUCGAGCGACGACGCGACGCCUCCGUCACUGGCGAGGUUCCCGUUCACGAGCGUCGCGCCGUUGCUAACGCGCGACUCCAACCCAGCAGAGAGCGCCGUUAGUGCCGCCAUGGCGGCGGGCUCCCGACACGCGUCGUUCAACACAGGAACUCUCGCUGCAGCGCGGUGUGACUACAUCGGUGCCUUGCCACUGCCAAGCAUGACGUUUCUAGAGAUCUUCAACCGCUCGUGUCCGCCGCUCACCGCCCCCGCCGGGGCGUCUACCUCCGUUUCCGCGCUCAGCGCGCGCGGCCCGUCGGCGGAGAAGCGCGGCAUGUGGCAGGGGCCGGUUGAGUCGUUCCGCGCGCCCGCGGCGAGCAGCGCGGGGCGCGUCGACCCGUCGGCUGAGAGCGGGAAAGCUGUUAUCAGCAGGGAAUUGACGCGCGGGGUGAAGGAGAUGGAGGAGUCCGUGGCAUGCUCUGGCUGGAGCCAUGGCGGUGGCGUUGCUAAUCACAGCAUUGUGAAUUGGAAUCAGAAGAACCAGGAUUGUUAUCCGGGUCAGGGAGUUUUCGCUGUAGGGGGAAACGAGGGGGCGAACAUGCAUUUUCCUCCGUGCCCCACUGUUUUGCCCGCCCAGCUGAGUCAGCAGCCGGCUCUGACGGUGCGUGGGGGGCUUGUUCCGUACGGCAGCAUUUUUGCAAGCCCCCCGGUCAUGUCGGUGGGCGGCAUGCAAGCACCUGGCAUGGCAGUUCCGUGGGGGUGUGGCGGAGCAGUGCCCUGGGUGCAGGAGAGGGCGAUGGCGCAGCAGGGGGCGAUGGUGCAGGCACUAAGGGAGAGCAGGGCGCAGCUGGUGCGCGAGCAGAUAGGCAGUAGUGGUAGUGCAGGGGUUGCUGGGAACGCUUGGUCUGCUGGGGCUACUGGGCUGGCUGAGAAUGCUGGUGCCGGGGUGUGGGGUGGCAGGGGUACGAAUGGGGCAGAUGCAGUGCAUGCAGGAGGAGCAGGCAUGGAGCAUGGUGUGCAAGAGAGAGCGAUGGAGCAGCAGGGGGCGAUGGUGCAGGCGCUGAGGGAGAGCAGGGCGCAGCUGGUGCGCGAGCAGAUGGGCAGCAUUGGUAGCGCUGUGACUGCUGGGAACGCUUGGUCUGCUGGGACUGCUGGAGCAGGGGUAUGGAGUUGCAGGGGCACGGAUGGGGCGGAUGCGGUGCAGGGUGGAGGAGCAGGCAUGGAGCACGGUGUGGAGCAUGGUGUGCUGGACGCAGCAGCCAUCGAGCGCAUGCUGCAGCUCUCAGAAGCCCUGCUCGGCCCAGAGGACCCCCCUCCUCAUGGCCCUCACAUCCCCCAUGGACACAGGGACCCUCAUCCUCAUGGUGCCAAUGCCCCUCGUGGCCGUGUGGUCCAUCACGCCUCUGAUGCGGCUGCAUUGGAGGGAGCCAGUGCUCUGCUGGCAUACGGUGAUUACCAGUGUCUCACCACCGCACUGCCUGAUGCCAUGGCCAGCUCAGAGCCUACUGCCGUGCCCCACUCCCUGCAUGUCUCUCUGCCUGGCUCUGUGCCACAUGCUGCUGCUGCUGUUGCUGCUUGUGAGCCUGCGUGCAGGCUUGCUGACCUGAUACUGUUCCGCUCACCCUUGUGCAUGGGAGGGGAGCUAACAGUGCCUGGCAGCCACUGCAUGCUGCCACCUGCAGUGUGCAUGGCGCCAUCAGCAGCAGUCCCGUGGGUGCAGGAGAGAACGAUGGUGCAGCAGGGGGCGAUGACGCUGGAUAGAGUGAUGGUGCAGGCACUGAGGGAGAGCAGGGCGCAGCUGGUGCGCGAGCACAUGGGUGUAAGUGUUGGUGCUGUCACUCAUGGGAACGCUUGGGCUGCUGGGACUGCAGGGACUGUUGGGAAAGCUGGAGCAGGGGUGUGGAGUGGUAGGAGCACAGAUGAGGCAGAUGCAGUGCAUGCAGGAGGAGCAGGCAUGGAGUAUGGUGUGCUGGAUGAUGCAGCAGCCUGCGAAACCAGUGCUGUCACGAGCAAGAUAAGCUCAAAGCUGUUGGGCUGA